AUGUCUAGCCCCUCCAGUGAAAUCGAUGUCAUAAGAACACGAAUACCUACUUAUGGUGAUGGUGAUGACACUGUUCUUUAUGCAUAUAAGCCAUUUGGAUAUGCUUUCAGACAUUAUAAGUCCCGGCCAUCUAGAAGACGUAAAUCCCAGAAAAUGAGGAAACAGGGGCCUCCCAGUUCAUUCUCCUACCGUGAAAGUUAUAGCCCAACUUCACCAGUGAGGAGGCGGGAGAUGGAUUCCCAGAGCAUCCCAGAAGGGGGAUUUAAUCAGUCGGAGGAAUCCCAGGAAGCAAAGAAGGAGGCACUGGUCAUGGAGCAGGAGCAGAAGGAGCAGGAGAUGUUCUUCAGCCUGAGUCCUCGAAGCUUGUCUGCAGAUGCAUAUCAGCCUCCUGUCGUGCCUGAUAACCCUCUGCCUGGCACUUCUUUACUGCCCUCCGGUACCAGCCCAGGGGCAGCUAACAACAACAGCAUCCUUCCAAAUGCCCCGGCUUCCGGGGCAGCACCUGCAGCCCUGCUGACCCAGGGAGAGUCCAGUUCAGUAUAUACCUGUGAAAUGAAGAGUCACUCAGUCUUCCUGGGGAAGAAACAUACUGUACCAUCUAUCUACGGCCCUUCUGGUUGUGCUACAAGUUCACCAGUGGAGCCUGACCCCUAUGUCUCUGAGGACCCUUCAGCCUGGUCUGUGGAUGAAGUGAUCCUGUUUCUGCAACAUACAGAUCCUCAGUCAUUAGGCCCGCUCGCCAACCUCUUCAGGCACCAUGAGAUUGACGGACAGGCCCUGCUACUACUCAGGAGUGACAUAAUGAUGAAAGAUAUGGGGCUGAAGCUGGGGCCAGCCGUGAAGCUGUGCCACUACAUUGAAAGUUUAAAGAAGUAA